CAUUUUAUCGGAAGCGUGGUAUUUCAGUUUACUUUUUUUUCUAUUCUUUCCGAGACUCCUAGUUGUUGCAGUCCAGUACUUAAAGCAGUAUUGGUAAGUAGCAAAUGGCCCAUCAGUACUUGAACGAAACAUCAGCUAUUUUAAGAGACGAUAAAGGUUACUACGUUCCAGCAACACAGCGUCCGGACGGCACUUGGCGUAAGGAACGGCGACUCAAGGAGAACUACAUUCCCCAGGACGAAGUAGCACUCUACGAAUCCAAAGGAAAGAAGUUUGUCAUUAAUAAACCCAAAUUACCUCCUGGUGCUCCCGUUCCAAUGGUUGCGGCACCAAAACAGCAGCAGCAACCUAAGCAGGUUCUUGCUGAGAAACCACCUAAGCAAGAGAAAGUUAAAAUGCCUGAAGUGCAAAAAGUCAAAGAAACUAAACCUGUGGAAAAGAAACCGGAAGAGCCUGGAACUGAUCCAGUGAAAAGAGUAAGAAAUCUUAAGAAGAAAUUGAAAAAUAUUGAAGAGUUGCAAGUUAAAGUAGCAGAAGGGCAUUCAAUUGAUAAUGAUCAACGUAAAAAGAUAUCUACAAAGCAUUUGGUUUUGAAGGAAAUCAGUAAUCUUGAAGCACUUAUUAAAGUUUUGUUUCCUGAACCUCCAAAACCAACCAAGAAGGAAAGCCAGAAAGGUGGUAAAAAAUCUGCCAACAAAAAAGAUACAAAACAAGAAAACAAACCUAAUAAAGUUAAUGACAAAAAACAGACUCAAGUAUUGACAAAUGGAACCCAGGCUAAGAAAAAUGAAAAGAAAACUGCCCUUCCAGUACAGCAAAAAGCUCCAGUGCAGCAAAAAGCCCAAGUGCAGCAAAAAGCUCCAGCACAGCAAAAAGCUACAGUACAGCAAAAGGCUUCAGUACAAACUAGCCAGAAGACUGAAAAGAGUACUAAAUCUGAGGUCAAAACUAAGUCUCAACCUAAAACCCAAGAACAAUCUAAAACCCAAGCCCAACCUAAGAUACAAGUAAAAUCAAAUACAAAAUCUAAAGCACUUGUUAAACCUGUUAUUGAGAUUUCAGUUGAAGCUGCUAAAAGAAUCAGGAACCUUAAAAAGAAGUUGAAGACUAUCGAUGAGCUGGAAUUGAAGGUUGCUCAAGGUGGUAAAAUAGAUAAUGAUCAACGUGUGAAAAUUUCUAAGAAAAGUGAAGUAUUGGCUGAAAUCCAUGCUCUCGAGAAUGGAAAAUAAAGAACCUUUCUAUAAUAGAGUAUUACAAGAGGUUAAUGAUUUAUUGUCUGUUGAUAUACAUGUAUAUUACAUAUAUAUAUAUAUAUAUCUGAUUAUAUUAA